UGCUUGUCAGCAGGAGGGAGGCGAUGUAGUGGAGGUGGGGGGAGUCAGUCAGGUGUGGACGAGGUAUGAGGGGAGGCAGGGAUGGAGCUGAGCUGGUGACAGCCGGUGGCGCCGAGCGCUCGCUCGUCCCUCCUCCCGCCGAGAUGCAGCAGGGCCGACCGUCGCUCUGCUGCGUCUCCACCAUCCGCAGCUCGCAAGGACCCCCCGAGCCAGCCGCCGCUGCUCACCUCAGCUUCUGCCGCAGCCUCCUGGAGCACACAGUCUCCGCCGAGAACCUGAGCUACCGCCUGCAGCGGAACGCCGGCAGCAGCCGCACCUGGCACGACGGCCGCAGCCAGCGGGCGGACAGCGGCCGCACCGUCAAGCUCCUGCGGCAGCCGGGCACCGAGGGCUCGCAGGGCCGUACCUACGAGCACUAUGGCAUCUACCACACCAGCCCCACGCUGGGCAGCCUGGCCAAGCCAGUGGUGCUCUGGACCCAGCAGGAUGUGUGCAAAUGGCUGAAGAAGCACUGCCCACACAACUAUCUCAUCUACGUGGAGGCGUUCUCCCACCACGCCAUCACCGGUCGGACUCUGCUGCGGCUCAACGGCGAGAAGCUGCAGCGCAUGGGCAUCGCUCAGGAGGCGCAGCGCCAGGAGGUCCUGCAGCAGGUCCUGCAGCUCCAGGUGCGGGAGGAGGUCCGAAACCUGCAGCUGCUCAGCCAAGCUUCUUUUGGAAAUGUCUCCUAGCUGAUCCAUCUGUUUGGCAGAUUGCACCAACACUGUGAACCGAGCACCUCUGGGAUGGGCUGUGCACCGCUGAUACCAGACCUGAACCACGUGCUUGGGAUCCGAAGAGAGAGCUUCCCAGCCAUGCCAGGGCUCCUCUCCCUCCCUUCCUCUCUCUUUCUUCUUUACAAUCACAUUUCUGUGCAGAGAUAGGAGGUUUCCUCCAGCAGAUGUGGCUCUUGGCUGGAGGAAAAGUAGCAUAACAGCCACUGGAACAGAUCGACUUUUGCCCACCUGAGCCCGAGGGUUCACAGGGAAAGAGAUGGGGGAAAGGAGAAGGCAUCAGGGCUCAGCACCACGGACAAAUCAAGCACGGUUCUUCCUGGGACAGCUGGAAGGACUCAAAGCCUUAUGCACAUGGAUGACAUCCCAGCAGCCAGCAGCUCGUGUGCAUACCCUGGAGCUUAUUUAAGGAGCUUUAGUUGUGUCUUCAGCCUGGGCUGCCUUCCAGCGUCCUAGGAGGCAACUUCACCGGGAGCACGACCUGAGCAGCCCCCCCAGAAGAGACCACUGUGGCCCAGCACUCUGCUGGGUGAGUUAAGAAGGGAGCUGAGUCAUUGGAGCUGGAAAAUCCAGGAGCAAAAACAGCCUGGAGGGUGCUGUGGAUGGGAGGAAGCUGUGCCAGGAGCUUGUCCUUCAUCCGUCCUCGUUUGCAGGCAGACAAGGAGCUGAUGCAGGGGCUGGGUGGGAGCAGCCAGGGAUGCUGCUGGGUGGUGCUGAGUGCUGCCUGGGGUGAGGGUGGGGGUUCCUGGGUGCCAGGUUCCACCUGUCCCUGGUGCCUGGUUGUGCUCUGACCCACACCUUCUGUGUUCCCACCAGCUCUUUGCAGAGCUCUGGGCAUUUACAGAUGCUCAUCCCAAACUCCUGCCCAAGGGCUGGGGAUGCUGUCACUGAACCCAGGCACCAUCCUGAUGGCUAAGUUCAUCAUUAAGGUGAAACAACAUUUGCUGUUACACCUCCACCAAACCAAACACCUCCCUGUCCAGAGCCACAGACUGCUCACAAGGGCAGGGAAGGAACAGCCAAGGAUUUAGGGAUGGGGUGGAUGCUGUCACCUCCCAGUGUCACCCCUCUGGGGAUUGUGGGGCUGAGAGGGGUCCCAGAUGACAGCACUCCAAAGACCCCAGGGCACUGGAGCUGGCAGGGGUGUGGAGACAGGUCGGGGUGCCCCCCCCAGGCUGGCACCCACCAAAUGCUCCUCUGCUGGUAAUAAACCAAGAGACUGUUAUUUUAA